GACAUGGAGCUGAGUAGUUCGCCGCUCCAGCCGCAGCCGUCAGGGUUGGCUGCGGCCGCCCGGUUGCCCGCGGCGCCCCCGCCGUCGGUGGUGUCUCUGCCCUCGGGGGUGCCCAUGCCGCCCACCUUCUUCCGCCCGCCCACUCUUCUUUUGCGCGCCGCGGCCGCUGCAGCUGCGGUCAGCACGAGCGGUGGCCCCGGCUGCUACUCGCCGGCGGGGCUGGAGCGCGGCAGCAGCGUCUGCUAUUCGCGCACGCCCAAAUGCGCGCGCUGCCGCAACCACGGCGUGGUGUCGGCGCUGAAGGGCCACAAGCGCUUCUGCCGCUGGCGGGACUGUGCGUGCGCCAAGUGUGCCCUCAUUGCCGAGCGCCAGCGGGUCAUGGCCGCCCAAGUGGCCCUGCGCAGGCAGCAGGCGCAGGAGGAGAGCGAGGCCCGGGGAGGCCCGAGCGGCGAGCCAACGCCGAAGCAGACCGGCGCGGAAGGAGAGGUCGCCUUCAAGAGCUGCUGCCCGGACUUCCAGCGCGGGAGAAGAGAGGAGAAGUUUCAGAAGUAUGACUUCUUUUGUAGCAAGCCAGGCAGUUCUCUAGCUUAUGCACAUUCACCUUCCCUGGUGUCCUCGGCUGAAGUUACUAGAGCUGGUGAAGACCAAAAAGAGAAGCCCUUUGGUAUGCAGAUUUCAGGUAAAGAGAAAACCGAUCAUCCUUCUGGUCCUGAGGAGCAGUUAGAAGGUGCUGAUAGUUCAGCAUCUCUGUCUUCUUCAGACAUGGAAUCCGGGAAUGAAAGUGAAUGUCCCAAGGACUUUGUCAUCUCCAGUAUCCGCUUUCCUACUACUACUACUGGUGUGGCUUCAAGACUCAGAAAUCCACUUGAUAUUCUUACCAAGGUCUUCCCAGGUCAUAAACAAAGCAGAUUAGAAAGGAUUCUGCAGUUCUGCAAAGGGGAUAUAGUUCAAGCUAUAGAGCAUGUACUGAACAUGGAUGAGCACAGACAAGGACUUCAGGACAUUGCAAUCCCACCCUUUCCAGAACGCAGUGUCUUCCACAGGUCUUCUGAUUUUAGCUUUCUUGGAGUAGAUGUCAGAGCACUUGGAAAUAAAUCAGCAUUUUCUCCUCUUCAAAGUAGUCCAGCUGCCUUUGCAAGUGAGGUGAAUCUUUAUGGGUUAAAUCCUAGAUUGGGGAUCAGACCUCUGAGGAUGGCUUAUACCCCUCAAGGAUUUAUGUCACCUUACGUAAGAUCCGGGUUGUUUCCUGCUUUGCCAUUUCACUCAGCUAUGGACUAUCCCUUUUCAGGAAUGAUCAAAGAUGCAUCUUAUUUCUCCAGUAAAGACUCAGUUGCCAGAACUGAGAUAUAUUCAAGACUAAGCACAGACCACAAAUAGUGUCUUGACCAAAUUGUCAUUUUCAUAGAACUUGUGAUAUAUUCAAAUGAGUUAACGUGAAUGUCAGAUCUUAGGUCUCAGAGGUACCAUUUAUUAACGAAAAGCAGAUAAAAAGUUUCUAAUAUUAAAAAAGGGUUUUAAUGGGAUUCUUUAUUUUGACACAGAACAAUUUGAAAUCUGAGGAAAGUAAUUUAACAUUUUUUUUUUUAAAUGGCUUCCAGAAUAUUGACAGUGAAGAGCUCAUUAAAACUAGCACUGAUUUUUGAAGAUGAGCUUCCAUACAGAAUGCUCAAUUUUUAUGUGUUCUGGAAAAAAAAUUGAAGUGGCAAUGAAGAAGAUAUGAAAAAUCUAAGUUGAAAUGUUUGCUUGGAACAAUACAAUAAAUCAUAAUUUUUGAAUUCC